UAUCUGAAUUUCAAGGAAAAAGUUACACAGCUUGUAUUAAAUCCAUAUUCGUUUGUUCUUUUUUUAUUUAUAGUAAAGCUCUUAUUUUUCCUCAAUUCAUUGAUCAACACAUUGGAAAAUGCAAAAACGCAGACCCUCCUGCUACACUCCACACUCGAAGGUUAUGCAACUAACCUAGUUUCAUUUCCACAUUACAUGGCUCUUGUUUCUAAUGUUAUGAUUGCUAAAUCUGUUGAGGCUGCUAAUAAGGGCUUAGUGAAAACAUUGCAAUUAAUGAUAAGUGCUUCUGAAAACUUAAUUUAUUUCGUUAUAGAUCUGUCCAUCGGAACAUACGCAUGUUUGCUUACGGCUGCUAUUGAUGACACCGUUAUUUCUGCCUUAAAUGCAACAGAGAGCAUAAUCACCGUUGCAAACGAAACAUUGGUUUCAUUUGCCACUGACUUAAAUGACGGACUUCAGGAUUUAUCAACCGCAUUAAAUGAGCUAGUCGACACCGCAGAAGAUACGGGAGAUGCGUUGAAGCACCUUUUUGGAGAUAAAUCAUCAAAGAAAAAUAUAAGCUCCGUUGAGCAACAUGUGAGCCAUAUAAAUUUAACCAUAGCUUCCAUGAAAGAAUGGGAGAUACCUGGAAGUAUUAACGAUAAGAUAGAAAAUUUGAAAGGCGAUGUAUUGAAUUUCACAGACGUACAAUAUUACACAAGGAAAAUCAUUGACAAACCAUUCACUGAGCUGAAACGUCAGGUUUCUUCUCACCUCAAUCAAACUUUUGAUGCUGAUGAUAUGUUUGUACCAGAAAAGACAGUGCUAAAUUUUAGUGAAGGAACCGAUCAAAUUCAUAAGUUAUACUCAGAGCUUAUACGGAUAGCCAAAACAACCACACACGUAAUUAUGGGGCUAGUUUUGUUUGCUAUGUUGCUUCUGAUACUGUACGAAUAUUAUAUAGAGUUGAAGGAUUGGAGAAGAGUUAAAGAAGCUUCCAAACAUUUAAACUACGCAAACGAAUCAUACAUUAAUACAACUAGUAAAAAAAAAUACAAUAUUGAAGUGAUAAAGUCUAUACAAGAUCGAAAGUCCAACUUCAUUGGCAAUAUUAUCACUCAAAAAAUACUUAGACUUAAGAGUCCCGUUGCGGUUAAUAAUACACGUUGGGUCAUAAACUAUGCUGCUUCCCCGUACUUGUUACCUUUUUUAUUAAUUGGAAUUUUGGGAGUAGUUUCUGUUAUUUGCCAGUACAUCGUGCUUGCAUUAAUAUCCAGGAUUGAUAUUACCAAUGCAAGCAAACAUAUUUUUAACAGUACGGAGAGAGAGGUUUAUGCCAAAUUUAACAGCUCGAUGAAUCAAUGGACAAAUGAAACUAAUCUUUAUAUGAAUGACUAUGAAAACAGUGUCAACGAUAAUUUGUUUUCAUGGGUUAUUACAGCAGCAACUACUAUCAACGACACAGUGAGUGAGUUUGACGAAAAGAUGAAUAAUGCACUCGAAUCUAUGUUCAAGGGCACUCCACUAUACCAACCUAUCGAGCAAAUUGUAGGAUGCGUUAUCGAAUCAAAAUUGAAGAAGAUUGAAAAAGCCAUGACAUGGCUAGAGGAGAACGCAAAAUUUAGCAUGCCUGAAUUAAAUCCGAAGCAUAUUAUGAAUAAGAUGAUGGAGAUUGAGUCUUCCAAUGCUAGUAGUUCUUUGAACGAUGAUGCAGAGAAGUUUAAAUCCAAAGCCAAAACAUUAUUACAUGAUGCAAUACGUUUUUAUAAGUCUGAGUGUCUUACAUUACUUUAUUUUUCAAUUGGAAUUAUUGUGGUUUGGUUUCUCUUUUUCUCUAUUGGACUACUUAUCUUGUUUUUGAAAGAAAGAAAA